GACCCCUCCACUAUGAUUCCACAUGGACAGUCCUCGGCGGGGUAUCUGUAGUUUAACUGGAACUUCUUUUAAAAGUCACAAUCUGUAACUUGCAGUUAUUCCUGAGCUGCUGUACCAAUUUCACUUGACUAUAAUUUGAACAACACAUACAAUGUCGCAAGAUUUCGCGCCUCUAAAGAACGACCUGUUGCUUCGCGCAGCAUGGGGUGGGUUGUCCGCGCCUCAGUUGUGAGAAUCAUGAGAGAGAACUGUGCUGAGACUUGCUGUGUUGCAACUUAGGUCAGACCGUUGAACGCCCUCCUAUGUGGGUGAUGCGACAAGCCGGUCGCUACCUACCGGAGUAUCACGAAGCCAAGGGUAACCGAGACUUCUUCGAAUGCUGCCGCGACCCUGAAGUCGCAACCGAAAUCACCCUCCAGCCUGUCCGCCGAUUCGCAGGUCUCAUCGAUGCCGCCAUCAUCUUCUCCGACAUCCUUGUCAUUCCCCAGGCAAUGGGUAUGACCGUUGAGAUGGUUGAGAAGAAGGGCCCUUACUUCCCGAACCCGCUCCAGAACCCCGACGACGGACAGUACGGCCAGGUGCUCGCUAAGAACGUCGAUGUUGCUGCUGAACUCGGCUACGUGUACGACGCUAUCACACUUACACGCCAGAAGCUUGAGGGACAGGUGCCCUUGAUUGGCUUCUGCGGCGCUCCCUGGACGCUGUUCUGCUACAUGGUCGAGGGUGGUGGCACCAAGCUGUUUGCGCAGGUCAAGACAUGGAUCUACAAGUAUCCUGAGGAGUCGAAGAAGCUUCUGGCCAAGAUUGCCGAUAUCUGCGUGGAUCAUCUGGCACUUCAAGUCAAGGCUGGUGCUCAGCUAGUGAUGGUCUUUGACUCCUGGGCAGGAGAGCUCGGCCCUUCUUCUUACCGUCAAUUCUCCGAGCCCUACUUGAAGCAAAUCGCCGAGAAGCUUCCCGCCAAGCUCCAGAGCCUCGGCUUGGAGAAGGUUCCCAUGACUGUGUUCCCCAAGGGUGCUUGGUACGCACUCGACUCUGCCUGCAACCUGGGUUAUAAUGUGGUUGGCAUGGACUGGUUGCAUGAUCCCAAGGAGGCUGUCAAGAUUCGAGGCGACCGCAACAUUGUGUUCCAGGGCAAUGCUGACCCAGGGGUAUUGUAUGGCACCAAGGAGGCUAUCACCAAGGCCGUGGAGGAGAUGGUAGAAGGCUUCUGGGUCGGAAACAAGGGCUGGAUUGCCAACCUUGGCCACGGAAUUACACCUGGCGUAAACCCUGAUCAUCUCAAGCACUACUUCGAGGAGAUUCACCGUUUGACCAAGAAGAACUAAUGGUCAAAUAUCAGUGUGUGCUGUGUUGAAGGCGUAUUUUGAGAUACCAUGUGUCUAUGCUGGGUUGAACAUCAAAGUAGAUAAGAGAGGGCAUCAGAAAAAGCAUUGUGGAGAAUACCAGUAGACACAAAAAUGUAACAUAGUAAAAUAGCAUGGCCAAGGAACUGAGAAAAAUAACUCUUUGUUUGUAAAUCAUUUAAUUCAUGGGAUGGUAUCUUUACUUUUGCUUUUCCCCCUUUUCACGUAUCCUUUGUCCUGUACGUUGACCCGUCCUUCAUAAGAUUGUCUAGCCAGAACCCCCUGCUUCAGAUUCAAUGUCAAAGGCGCCAAAACACCAAGCUGUACUGUAAAAUAACUAGACCCAAUAGCAGUAGAACAUGAAAUCUCUCAUCUCUAGAAUUGAGCAUGGUGAAACACUUGAAGGUCUCUGAAGUCCUAAGCCUUCUUGCCAAAGAGCCAGUUCUUGCCCUUCUGAGCCAACGACGCGCCAGCAGCAGUAGGUGAGUUGGCAGACUUGGGCUCCUCCUCGUCAGUGAUAGCUUCAUCGUUGCUGGGCUUGCGGGUCAACUCUGUCUCCUUGUCCUUGAAGACGUUGCCCGCGCCACCACGGCCAGCAUGCUGAGCACCAGAUGAGGGGCGUCGAGGGAUACUUUUGUCUCAGGUCAGCAACGAUUCUAAAGAGAACGAUCCCCGAGAUUGAGUGGCAGGAGGGAUGAAAAACUUACGCUUCAACGUCCUGACGCUUGCGGGUUUCGCGAGGGUCAUCGUUCUUGGCCAUGUUGCCUGUACCACCACGACCGGUGGUGACAACAGAGCCCUUGAGGACGGGAGUCUGGAGCUUGCUGGGAUCUGUCUUCUCAGUGUGGGUUGAGUCGGCCAUGUUGCCAGCACCACCUCGACCGUGAGAGGAGAGCAUUGUGACAGGUGUGUGAGUUUUGGAAGAGAAAGUGUUGUUGUCCGUUGAGGGGUAGUUGUUGUGUAGUUGUCGACUAACAACUAAACUAGUGACUGUCCAGGAGUUGUUGAGUAGACUGAGAAGUUGUCAAGUCAAACGAUCAGGAGUACGUCUCUAAGGAAUUGUAAUGAUGAAGAGAAAAGUCUAUUUGAGUGAAGGAGAUUUAGCUGGAGGCGGUGGUGACAGUUUUUAACUCAAUGCCAAGUCCUCGUGAUUGAUGUUGUAACUUGCUACCAAAUUUUCCCCUGCCC